AUGCCAGGGGCCCAGAGAUCUGGGAAGCGCUGGUGCGAGAGGCUGGUGCAAGUGACGGAGGAGGAAGUGGUGGUCCCGCGGCAGGAGGAAGCCGUGCCCUGCGCAGAAGUCUACCGCUACAACAUGGCUGGGUGGCUUCUCGACCAGGAGAGGAUGCGCCGGGUUGGCGGUGGAGCAAAGGGCCUGUGCUAUGUCUACAAGCCAGAGGACACGAGGCCCACGGUGUGGAACCGGACGGUGCGCGCUUGCUGUGAGGGCUGGAGUGGGCCCCAUUGCUCUGAGGGGAAGGACACGGUGGGCCGCUGCUUCUCCACUUGGCAGUGCCAGGACAUGCCGGGGCUGCAGAACGCCUCACUGCUCAGCUUGGAGGAGUGUUGCCAACACCUCUGGGGCCACAGCUGGCAGAACGCCUCCUCCCACCUCUGCUUUGGCUGCUCCUCCCUCCCCCUGGAAGACGACCUGCCUUCCACCUCUUUGGUCCGGCCACUGGGCCCCAUGGCUCUCCUUCUGCGCUCAGGGCAUCCCGGGCGCCCCUUUGCCACCUGCGUGACUUGGGCUGGCUUCCACUACCGCACCUUUGACGGCAAGCAUUUCCGCUUCCACGGCACCUGCACCUACGUCUUGGCUGCUGCUUCCGACGGCACCUGGGCCAUCUAUGUCUCCUCCAGGACCAGCAGCAAAGGGGGCUGCGCGCCAGGCCAAUGCUCCAGGCAGACCCUCCGGAUGCUCUUUGGCCUGGAUCUGGUUGUGGCCGAGGGACGGAACGUCUCCAUAAACGGGGCUGCGGUGCCAGAAGGAGAAGCGCGCUUGCAGAAAGGAAUCAGCGUCUGGUGGCUGGGGGACUUCCUCUUUGUGGAGAGCGGUCUGGGUGUCCGAGUCAAGUCUGACGGGCGUGAUACCAUUUAUGUCACGGUGGGUGUGGACCAGAGAGGGGCCACCCGAGGGCUCUGCGGGGUCUACAAUGAUGAUCCAGCAGAUGACUUCCUACGUCUGGGAGGGGACUUGAGAGAGAGACCUGGGCUGAUUUCCCCUGCGCUUGGCUCAAGCAGGGAUAGGCCUUCCGGUCAAACUCUGCUGGUGGCACGGCUCUCAGAAGAGAUGGAGAACGCCGAGAGUCCAGGGGUACGUUUCUCUGGACAGCGGCUGGCCCUCUUGGCAUGGCUUUUCCUCUGGCAAGCAUUGGCGACUGACCAUGGGCAUUGGUGCGAGAGGCUGGUGCAAGUGACGGAGGAGGAAGUGGUGGUCCCGCGGCAGGAGGAAGCCGUGCCCUGCGCAGAGGUCUACCGCUACAACAUGGCUGGCUGGCUUCUCGACCAGGAGAGGAUGCGCCGGGUUGGCGGCGGAGCAAAGGGCCUGUGCUAUGUCUACAAGCCAGAGGACACGAGGCCCACGGUGUGGAACCGGACGGUGCGCACUUGCUGUGAGGGCUGGAGUGGGCCCCAUUGCUCUGAGGGGAAGGACACAGUGGGCCGCUGCUUCUCCACUUGGCAGUGCCAGGACAUGCCGGGGCUGCAGAACGCCUCACUGCUCAGCUUGGAGGAGUGUUGCCAACACCUCUGGGGCCACAGCUGGCAGAACGCCUCCUCCCACCUCUGCUUUGGCUGCUCCUCCCUCCCCCUGGAAGACGACCUGCCUUCCGCCUCUUUGGUCCGGCCACUGGGCCCCACAGCUCUCCUGCUGCGCUCAGGGCAUCCCGGGCGCCCCUUUGCCACCUGCGUGACUUGGGCCGGCUUCCACUACCGCACCUUUGACGGCAAGCAUUUCCGCUUCCACGGCACCUGCACCUACGCCUUGGCUGCUGCCUCCGACGGCACCUGGGCCAUCUAUGUCUCCUCCAGGACCAGCAGCAAAGGGGGCUGCGCGCCAGGCCAAUGCUCCAGGACUCUCCGGAUGCUCUUUGGCCUGGAUCUGGUUGUGUCUGAGGGACGGAACAUCUCCAUAAAUGGGGCUGCGGUGCCAGAAGGAGAAGCGCGCUUGCAGAAAGUGGUGGGACACACAGCUCAGCAGGAGGCGGCAUCCAUUUGCCAACAGUUGAUGACCAGCCCCUUUAGCCAAUGCCACUCAGAGGUGGACCCCAGUGGCUUCUACGACACCUGCAUGUACACCCACUGCAGCCAAUCAGGGGAAGGCGCCAUCUGUGAGACCUUUGCCAGCUAUGCCCGGGAGUGCGCCCAGCACAGCGUCCUGGUCAGCUGGAGACACCCCGGGUUCUGUGAGAAGUCCUGUGGCCAAGGCCAGCACUACUCGGACUGCGUAUCCUCAUGUCCUGCCAGCUGUGCGGCGGUGGGCACCACAGAGGAGGGCCACUGCCGGGAGGAGUGCGUGAGUGGCUGCGAGUGCCCGCCGGGGCUCUACCUGGAGCAGGGCACCUGCAUCCCCCAGAGCCAGUGCCCCUGCUUCCAUCGGCGCCAGAAGUAUGCCCCAGGAGAGACCCUCCAGCAGCACUGCAACCAGUGCACUUGCCGAGGUGGCCAAUGGCUCUGCUCCCGCGACCCAUGCGCUGGGGAGUGUGCCCUCCUUGGCCACUCGCACUUCCUGACCUUUGACCGCAAGCGCUACUCCUUCCAAGGGGCCUGCGAGUACAUCCUGGUACAGGAUUUUGUUGAUGGGAAAAUUGAGAUCACGGCUGAAAAUGAGGCGUGUGGGAAUCUGGGAUCCGUCUACUGCCUCCAGGCACUGAGAAUCACUGUGCAGAAGGUCUCUGCCCAACUGUCCUUCUCAGGGGAGAUAUUGGUGAAUGGCCAGGAGGCCACCCUCCCUUUCGCCAGCGCUGACCUGAGCAUCCGAAGAGCAUCCUCCUCCUUCCUGCUUCUCCAGACCUUUGGGGCCCACGUCCUUUGGGGCCUGGACUCCCCAGCUGCCUACAUCACUCUGCAGCCCAGCUUCGCCAACAAGGUGCGAGGCCUUUGCGGCACCUACAACUGGAACCAGCAGGAUGAAUUCACCACUCCGGAGGGAGACAUUGAGCCCAGCCCUGCUGCCUUCGCCCACAAGUUCCGGGUGUCUCAUGACUGCCCCUCUUCAGCCACAUUGAUCUUUGACCCCUGUGACACCUAUGUCCAGCGGAGGGAGUUUGCAGAGGUCACUUGCGCCGCCCUCCAUGGCCCUCCCUUUCAGCCCUGCCACGACCGGGUGGAGCGGGAGCCAUUCUACCAGCUCUGCCUUCAUGAUGUCUGUGACUGUCCUGCCGGCAAGGAUUGUCUGUGCGGUACCCUGUCUGCAUACGCCAUGCAAUGCGCCCAGGAAGGGGCCCCCUUGGCCUGGAGAAACCAGAGCUUUUGCCCGGUCCAGUGCUCAGGGGGCCAAGUCCACCAGGAAUGUGCCUCUCCCUGUCGAAAGACCUGUGCCGACCUUCGCUUGGAAGCCUCUGCUACCUGUCGGGGCCUGGACCGGGUCUGUGUGGCGGGGUGCAACUGCCCAGAGGGGCUGGUGCUAGAUGACGAUGGGCAGUGUGUGCAACCGGCCAUGUGCCCCUGCGUCCAUGAAGGGGAGGCGCAUCCCCCUGGCAGCAAGGUCCGGAAGAGCUGCAACACCUGUGAGUGUCUGGACGGGGCCUGGAACUGCACGAAGGAGAGUUGCCCCAAAGCCGUGGCCUGCCCCGGAGAGCUGAUCUAUGCCUUUGGUUCCUGCCUGCGGACCUGUGAGAACCCUGAGGGCAACCUCACCUGUGCCGGCUCCGCCGACGGCUGCGUUUGCCCUCCUGGCACCAUCUUCUUGAACGAGCGCUGUGUCUCCCCAGAGGAGUGCCCCUGCCAUCACAAUGGCCGACUCUACCAACCCAAUGACACCAUCGCCAAGGACUGCAACACCUGCGUUUGCCAAAGCCGGCGCUGGGAGUGCACUCAGCACCACUGUUCCGGGACCUGUGUGGCCACAGGAGACCCGCACUACAUCACCUUCGAUGGGCGAUCCUACACGUUCCUGGGGGAUUGUGAGUACAUUCUGGUGCGGGAGACCAGCGGCGCUUUCGUGGUGACAGCCGAGAACGUUCCCUGUGGGACGAGCGGCACAACCUGCACCAAAUCGGUCGUGGUGCUCAUUGGCAACACAGUCAUCCACCUGCUCCGAGGCAAAGACGUGACCAUGAACGGGGUCUCCGUGCGUCCCCCAAAGAUCUACAGUGGCAAUGGCUUGGCCCUCGAGAGAACGGGGCUCUUCUUGGCCUUCAUUUCCCAGCUGGGGCUAACAGUGCUCUGGGACGGAGCGAUGCGGGUGGAGGUCCGGCUGGACCCUUCCUUCCAGGGCCGAGUGGCAGGACUCUGCGGGAACUUUGACGGCGACACAGAGAACGAUUUCACCAGCCGGCAGGGAAUCGUGGAGCCCACGGCCGACCUCUUUGGCAACUCCUGGCGUGUCAGCCUCCUUUGCCCCGAAGUCAGCAGCGAGGAUUUUGAGCACCCCUGCACGGUGAAUUCCCACCGCGUGACAUGGGCCCGGAAGCGCUGCGGGGUUCUCCUCCAGGACCUUUUUGCCCCAUGUCACGGCGAGCUCCCCUGCCAGCAGUUCUAUGACUGGUGUGUCUUCGAUGCCUGCGGGUGUGACUCUGGAGGGGACUGUGAGUGCCUUUGCACGGCCAUCGCCACUUACGCCAAGGAGUGCAACCGGCGUGGGGUGAUUGUCCGAUGGAGGAGCCAAGACCUCUGCCCCAUGCAGUGUGACAAUGGGAUGGAGUACGACCCCUGUGGCCCGGCCUGCCCUCAGACCUGCAAGAACUUUGGCCUGGAGCCGGCCGAUCACUGCGAGACUCUUUCGUGUGUGGAAGGGUGCUUCUGCCCAGAGGGGAAGGUGCUGCAUGGUGGCCGCUGCAUCGACCCCUCUGAGUGCCCCUGCUACUGGGAGGGCAUUUUGUUCCCACUGGGAGCCCUGGUCAUGCAGGAGUGCAGGAACUGCUCCUGUGAGGCUGGUCUGUGGCAGUGCACUGCCCCCCUGGAACCCUGCCCGGCCCCUUCCCCUUGUGCCGAGGGUGACUUCGCCUGCCACACGGGCGGCCGCUGCAUUCCCACCGCCUGGGUCUGUGACAACGAGGAUGACUGUGGGGAUGGCUCUGACGAGUUCUGUGCCCUGAGCUGCGCCCCACACCAAUUCCAGUGCGCCAGUGGGCAGUGCGUGCCUUGGGGCUACCGCUGUGAUGGCACCCGGGACUGCAUGGAUGGCUCGGAUGAGAGGGGCUGCCCUCUGCCCGCCUGUGCCCAGGAGGAGUUCCAGUGCACCAAUGGGCGUUGCAUCCCCCGUGAACACCUCUGCGACGGGGAACUCGACUGUGGAUUUGCAGAUCAUUCAGACGAAGAGGGCUGCGUCCCGCCCUGUGGCCCAGGUGAGCUCCGCUGUGCAACCGGGCCUUGCCUGCCCUACUUACACCGCUGCGACGGCCACGACGACUGUGGGGACCUCAGCGAUGAGCACAAUUGCCUUUGUCCAGCCGGCGAGUUCCAGUGUCCCGAGGGGCAGUGCCUCUCCAAAGCCCUGGUCUGUGAUGGCAAGGAGGACUGCCCAGACGGAGAAGACGAAACCUUUUGCCCAGGCCAAGUGACCUGUGCCCCUGGGCAGCUGCCUUGUCCAGACAGGACCUGCAUCAGCCUGUCCCAGGCCUGUGACGGCAUGCAUGACUGCAUUGACGGGUCUGAUGAGAAGCUCACUCAGUGUUUGGUGAUCCAGACCACUCCAUCAGUGACCAUGACCACCCCAGGCCUUCCUACAAGUCGUUCUGCACCUGACAACAGGACCCUUGCCCCUCCCUGCGGACGCUAUGAGUUCCUCUGCCAGAGCGGGGAGUGCCAGCCACGGGGCUGGGUCUGCGACAAUGAAGCUGACUGCUUGGAUGGCAGCGAUGAGCUGUACUGUAACCGCACUUGUGGCUUGGACCAGUUUCCCUGCGCCUUCGGGGAUGAGUGCAUCCCCUACAUCCACCUCUGCGACGGGCGGCCCCACUGCCAGGACCAGUCAGAUGAGAGCGUCGACACCUGCGGUUCCACUCAGAUCCCCCCCUGCCCGGGGUUCUUUAUUUGCAACAACCGCAUGUGCAUCAAUGUCUCCCGGGUUUGUGAUGGGUCUCCAGACUGUGCCCAGGGAGAAGAUGAACUGGCCUGCGGUAAGGAGCCUCCUCCUGGGGAAAGGAACCAGACUGCUGGGCCUUGCAAGGAAUAUUCCUGUGGGGACGGCGCUUGUAUCACCUUCAAACAGGUGUGCAAUGGUCUGGCUGACUGUGCGGAUGGCACGAAGGCCUCUGGGUGGCUCCCAUCAGACGAAAGGGAGUGUGGCCUCUGGGCUCCCUGGGCCGCCUGGAGCGCCUGCAGCCGGUUGUGUGGGACGGGCCUCCAAGUCCGACGGAGGAGCUGCACGCGGAGAGCAGACGAUGUCCUGCGCCACUGCCUGGGGGAGGAGACACAGGCACAGCAGUGCUUUGCGGUGGCCUGCCCAGUUGACGGCCGCUGGAGUGAGUGGACAACAUGGUCCAAUUGCACCCAGGACUGCCGUGGGGUGGUGGUCCGGCGCCGGGAAUGCCUGCCCUCCCAAAAUGGGGGCCUCCAUUGUACUGAGAUGCCGGAUGCGUCAGCCACUUCGCUAGAGAUCCAGCUGUGCCAGCAGGAAGACUGCCUCAACGCCUCCACUUGCCCCGGGGAGCUGGUCAGCCGGAAGUGUGCCCCUUGCCCCACGUCAUGCGCUGAGCUCUCCAGCCGCACCAGGUGCAGAAAGGACAGGCCCUGCAGGCCAGGCUGCUGGUGUCCUGAGGGGCUGGUCUUGAAUGCGGAACAGCAGUGUGUUCGCCCUCGGGAGUGUCCCUGCCAGGUGGAGGGAGUCCGAUACUGGCCCGGCCAGCUGGUCAAGGUCAACUGCCGGAUCUGCACUUGCCAGGAGGGGCAGAUGAAGCGCUGCCGGCAGAACCCCGAGUGCACAGUGAAUUGUGGCUGGUCCUCCUGGUCUCCCUGGGGGGACUGCCUGGGCCCCUGCGGGGUGCAGAGCAUCCAGUGGUCUUUCCGUAGCCCCAACAACCCCAGCAAACACGGGAACGGGCGCCAGUGCCGCGGCAUCUACCGUAAGGCCCGGAGGUGCCAGACGGAGCCAUGUGAGGAGUGUGAGCACCAUGGCCGAACCCACGCCAUGGGCGACCGCUGGCGCUCAGGGCAAUGCCAGGUGUGCCAGUGCCUCCCCAACCGGACGGUGCAGUGCUCCCAAUACUGCCCUUACAGCACGGUUCCCUGCCCCGAGGGACGGGUCCUGGUGGAGGGCUGGGGAGACAACUGCUGCUUCUGCAGGGAGGCCGAUGAGGAACGAACGGUCACUACCACUACAGUCGGACCUUCACGACCCUCUGGAGUGAGUCCAGUGGCCACCUUCACCACAGCCCACCUCAGCACCUUCCCUCUGCCCCCGCUGGGAGACCUCUGCUACAGCCCCCUGGGCAUCGCCUCCCUGCCGGACGCCAGCUUCAGUGCGUCCUCAGAGCAGCCGGAAAACCCAGCUCAUGCAGCACGCCUCAAUGGUGUCCUGCCCAGCGCCGACUUGCAGGGAUGGGGUCCGCGGGCAGAGGCCUACCCUGAGCUCCUCUCCCGGCCACCCUUCCUGGAGGUGGACCUAGGGGAGCCCUGGAACCUGACAGGGGUGGUGACACAGGGGGCGGGAUCCUCGGAUGCCUUCGUCUCCAGCUUCUUCCUGCAGUUCAGCCUGGAUGGUGUGGGGUGGCAUGACUACCAGGAACUCUUCCAGGGGAACUUGGAUGACUCGACCCCAGUGGUGCGAACCUUCCAUCACAUGGUGCAAGCCCAGCACGUCCGCCUCCUGCCCCGUGACUUCCACAACGGGAUCUUCUUACGCAUGGAGCUGCUGGGCUGCGGGAAAGUGUCCCCCGAGCACCCUGAAGUCCCAGCGUCUCCUCCAGGAUGGAGGACUUGCCGGAGUCGGGAGUUCCAGUGCCAGAAUGGGCGGUGCGUCCUGGCCGGCCCCAACGGCACCAUCUGCAAUGGAGUGGACGACUGUGGGGACCUCUCGGAUGAGUGGCGCUGCGGCCUGGCCCCUUCCCCAGGGCCCUCCGUGGCCCCCAGCGGCUGCUUGGCCUCCCAGUUCCCCUGCGCCUUUUCCGGCUUCUGCAUUGAGGCAUCCCAGAGGUGCGAUGGAGCUGCCGACUGCCCCUCUGCCUCCGAUGAGGCCGACUGCCCCGUCCCUCCAACCGGAACCCUCCGACUGUUUACCCUAGUUUUGCUCAGUCCUUUGCUGCUGUUUUUCCAGCCCCAGGACCUCAGGGAAGCCGUAUCCAGAGGAGCCUUCAGAGCGCCCCUUGAGCCAGGUCUGUGCCAUGAACCCCUCGGUCUGGGAGAUGGCCGUCUUCAUCGCCAGCAGCUGAGUGCCUCCUCCUUCCAGGAGGGAAACCCACCGGAGGCCGGACGCCUCAACGUUGGGCCCAAUGCAGAGCAGAACCUGGAGCCUGGAUGGAUCCCUCAAGCAUCAGACCCGGAGCCCUUCUUCCAGGUUGACUUCCUCCGGCCCACCUUUGUCACUGCGGUCGUCACCCAGGGCUCCCCCCAGGGACACAUCUCCCACUUCCGCUUGGCCUACAGCUAUGAUGGCCUCCACUUCCAGAGCUACUCCAGGGCUGGCUUUGGCCAGGCAGAGUCCUCCUGGGAACAGGUCCUCGAGGGCAACUCUGACAGUUCCUCUCCAGUCCGGCAGGACCUGAGCCCAGCCAUCUUGACCCGCGUCCUGCGCCUCAUCCCCACAAAGUACCAGGGGAGCAUCUCCUUGCGCAUGGAAGUCCUCGGCUGCCCUUGGAGACCAACCCCGACCUCUGUCCCUGGCCUUCCCAGAAUCCUUUGCACUCAGGGGCAGUUUGCCUGUGAGGUCUUUGGCUGCGUAGAGGCUGCCUUUGUGUGCGAUGGGCAAGAAGACUGUUUGGAUGGAUCGGAUGAGAUGCAUUGCGGGGGUCCAACUGCAGCCCCUCUCCCCACUGCAGCCCCCCUUUUCCCGAUGGGCCCCCCCAGCCCCUGCUCCCCCAAACAGUUCUCCUGCCGCAGUGGGGAGUGCCUGGCGCUGGAACAACGGUGCGACCUUCGGCACGACUGUCUGGAUGGGUCCGAUGAGGCCAACUGUGUGGACUGCCUCCUGUCCCCCUGGAACGCUUGGAGCGAAUGCAGCCGGUCGUGCGGUCUGGGGGUGACCUUCCGCCGGAGGGAUUUGCUGCGCAACGCCCUUCCUGGGGGCCAGUGCGACCGGGAUGAAUUUGACAGCCGCUCGUGUUUCCUCCGGGCCUGCCCAGUGAAUGGCGGCUGGGCCUCCUGGGGCGAAUGGUCCGACUGCGAUGCCGAGUGCCGGGGAGGAGUGAGGAGCCGCACCAGAGCCUGCACUGACCCUCCGCCCAAGAACGGGGGGCAGCCCUGUCCGGGGGACACCAUGCAGAUGGAGAGCUGCAACCAACAGCCCUGCGGAGACGCCCGUGAUUGUGGCCCGGACAUGGUCUUUGUGCAAGUGGGGCACUGCAUGCGGGGCCUGGUGGCACCCUGCCCACAGACCUGCCAGCAGCUGGGCGCACCCGCUUCCCCCUGUCACAGCAGCUGCGUGGAAGGCUGCCGCUGCCCCCCAGGGCUGUUUCUGCAGGAUGGGGGCUGCGUGAACGUCAGCCAGUGCCAUUGCUUCUUCGACCGCGAGCGACGGCUCCCCGGAGAAAUGUUCCUGCGAGACAACUGCAGCCAGUGCGUCUGCCUGGAGGGCGUUGUGUCCUGUGACUCCAUGGCCUGUCCCCUCAACUGCGGCUGGUCCGCCUGGUCUCCAUGGACCCCCUGCGGUCGGAGCUGCGGGAUCGGGAUGCAGCAGAGAUUUCGGUCCCCUUCCAACCCGGCAGCUGCCAAUGGGGGAGCCCCGUGCCAAGGGGACGCCCAGGAGGUGCGCGAAUGUCACACGGCCUGCAUCUCAGAGGUUGCAUUGCUCUGGAGCGACUGGACCGCCUGGUCUCCCUGCUCAAAGACCUGCUUCUAUGCCCCAGAUGUGGUGGGAGCAAGGAAGCGGUUCCGGCACUGCAAUGGCAGCUCUGAAGCGGGUCCUGGGUGUGAUGAAGAGACAGUGCAGGAGGAGCCCUGUGAUACCCCUCCGUGCCCAGUGGAAGGUGUCUGGACCCCUUGGACAGCCUGGUCCGUCUGCUCAGCCCCAUGUGACUCUGGAGUCCAAACCCGCAACCGCUCCUGCUCCAACCCUGCCUACGGGGGACCGGGGUGUGCAGGGCCCCUCAUCCAGACCAGGGACUGCAACACCCACCCCUGCAAAGCUCGCUGCCCGGGGAACAUGGUCUUCCUGUCGAUGGAGGAGUGCCAGCAGAGGGGAGGGGCCUGUCCACGCCUCUGCCUGGACCAGGGUCCUCGCGUGGAGUGCGCCUCUUCAUGCCGCGAGGGCUGCUCCUGCCCAGAGGGGCUCUUCCUCUACAACGAGACCUGCCUGCCCCCCGGUCUCUGCCCCUGCUUCCACCAAGGGGAGCUCCUCCCACCGGGCAGCACCCUCCCGCUGGACGCCUGCAACAACUGCACCUGCAUAGAUGGGAAGAUGGAGUGCACCUCACACCCCUGCCCAGUCAGCUGUGGCUGGAGCGCAUGGACCGCCUGGAGCUCUUGCAGCCGCAGCUGCAAUGUGGGCACCCGGCGUCGCUUCCGCUCAAGCGCCGACCCACCUGCCUCCGCCGGAGGAGAGCCCUGCCAGGGAUCCAACGUGGAGAUCGAGUUCUGCAGCCUCCAGCCGUGCCAAGGUCCUGGCGUGGAAUGGGGCCCCUGGUCGGAGUGCUCUGUGCCGUGUGGGGGUGGCUACCAGAACCGGACGAAGGCCAGUCCCAGCAUCCUGCACAGGAUCCAGUUUGCCACCUGCAACCUUCAGCCCUGUGUAGGUGAGGCUCCAGGCAUCUGCCCAGAGGGGAAGGUGUGGAAGGAGUGUGUGGAGGGACCUGCCUCCUGCGCAGAGCUCAGCUCUGAGGGCGCUGGGGCCACAAACGGAUCCUGCCACGCCGGGUGCUACUGCCCCAAUGGCACCGUCCUGAUGAACAAUCUCUGUGUGCCAAAGGAAGAGUGUCCGUGUGCCAUAGACGGGAUGCUCUACGACCCGGGUGACGUGGUACCCAAAGGCUGUGAGAACUGCUCCUGCCUCUCUGGCCAGUUGGGCAACUGCUCCCGGACCGACUGCGGGGACGUCAAUGGCUACUGGUCCGAAUGGACCCCCUGGAGCGAGUGCUCAGCUUCCUGUGGGCUGGGGCUCCAGAACCGGUACCACUUCUGCACGGACCCAGCCCCUUCCGGGAUGGGGCUGCCCUGCCUGGGGCCUGACCGGGAGGACAGGCCGUGCCACCUCCAGACCUGUGCAAGGAGUGGAGGCUGGGGGUCAUGGGGCCAAUGGACAUCCUGCACUGUCAGCUGUGGGGGUGGCAUGCGGAGCCGGAGCCGGGCCUGUGACAGUCCUGCCCCGCAGGGAGGAGGCGACUACUGUGAGGGCCCUCCCACCCAGCUAGAGUCCUGCGGCUUGAACCCAUGUCCAGGUCUGGACUGCUCCACCGUGGAAGGCACCCUCUUCAGCAGCUGUGGCCCUCCGUGCCCCCGAUCUUGCGAUGACUUGGCGCACUGUCUGUGGGCCUGCGAGCCCGGCUGCUACUGUACCGGGGGGAAAGUGCUGGGUGUGAACGGCACAUCUUGCGUGGAGAAGCCCAGCUGCCCCUGCCUGGACCUCCUCUCGGGCCACCGAUUCCUCCCAGGAGAGACUGUCCCUCACCCUGAUGGAUGCAAUGCCUGCACCUGUUCUCACGGGAAGCUGACCUGCACUACCCGGGCCUGUCCAGUUCCGGGCAGCUGGUGCGAGUGGGUCCCAUGGAGCCCCUGCUCCCGGACCUGUGGCAAUGAGAUGGUGACCCGCUACCGGACCUGCAGCUGCCCCAAGACCCAACAUGGAGGGGCCGAGUGCGAAGGGGCGCAGGAGUAUCACGGCGACAGCGGAGUGCAGCUGCAGAGGAAGGAGUGCCCCACGGCCACCUUCUGCCCAGUGGACGGGGCCUGGAGCCCGUGGGGUCCGUGGUCCCCUUGCGAGGCCUGCGCAGGGGAGUCUGUGCGCAGCAGGGAGUGCAGCAAUCCUCCUGCCCGCUUUGGGGGGCUGCCCUGUGUCGGAGAGGGCCGCCAGAGCCUCCCAUGCCCCCACAACGGAACCACCGCCUGUGAAGACUGUGGGGGUGGCCAGGUGCCCCUCCCCUGUGGCAAGGCCUGCCCCCGCUCCUGCGAGGACCUGCGCCCGGACUCCGCCUGCCUGGAGGGUCCCCACUGCCAGCCAUCCUGCGCCUGCCCCCAGGGAGAGCUCCUCCAGGACGGUGUCUGCUCCGCUCCUGAUCGGUGCCGCUGCAAGUACCAGAAGGCAUGGCUGGGGGCCCCUGAAGAAAGGAACCUCUCUCUCUGGGCAGGAUUGGCCCCUUGGGAGUCUGCGCAGCCUGGCGAAGUCGUGUCUGGGCCCUGCCAGAACUGCACCUGUGUGUCUGGCCACCUGCAGUGCCACACUGACCCCUCGUGCCGUUUGGAUGGCGGCUGGAGCCCCUGGGGACCCUGGUCUCCUUGCACCCAGAGCUGUGGGGAGGGGGCCCAGCUUCGCUUCCAGGAGUGCAGCAGCCCAGCUCCACAGAAUGGGGGACGGGGCUGCCUGGGCAGCACAGAGCAGCGAAGGCCCUGCCGGCACCGAGAAGACUGCCCAGAGGAGGAGGCCUGGGGGCCUUGGUCCCCGUGGGGCCCCUGCAGCGUCUCCUGUGGUGGAGGAGAGCAGGUGCGCUAUCAUAGGUGCCACCGCCCACCAUGUCCUGGCCCAGCUGCCCCCCAGAGCAAGACCUGCAACACCCACGUCUGCCUCGAAGUGGGCUGCCCGGUGGGGCGCUUGUACCGGGAGUGCCUGAAGGAGGAGGGCUGUCCCUACAGCUGCGCUCACCUGGCCGGGCGCAUGGACUGCUUCUCGGAUGGUUGUGAAGAAGGCUGCCACUGCCCAGUGGGCACCUACCAGCACCGAGGGGCCUGCCUCCAGGAGUGCCCCUGCAUCCUCAACGAGGAGGUCAUGAGGAUGCUCCGCAACCACUCCGUGGGCCACCCCCUGACCAUCCUAGAUGCCGAGGGCCGGACUCUCUCCCCAGGGGACGAGGUGGCCCCCAACACCACGUUCCAUUUCGCCUGCAGCAACUGCUCCUGCUUCAAUGGACGCUUGGAGUGUGCUUUCGCCUUCUGCCCGGUGGAUGGGGGCUUCUCCCCCUGGAGCCCUUGGGGCCCCUGUUCGCUGACCUGUGGGGGUCUGGGGAACAUGACCAGGCACCGUGACUGCUCCCACCCCAUUCCGGCCAAUGGGGGCAAGGACUGCCUCGGCCCUUGGGUGGACAUCAAGUACUGCCAGGCGCUGGACUGUGAAGCCCUGGCUGGACCCACGAAGGAGCCUUUUCCUGUUCUCCCAGGCCCCGAUGGGGAUGGCUUCACCCCCUGGUCAUCCUGGACCCCCUGCUCCAAAACUUGCAGUGACCCAGAGCUGCCGGCCCUCAAAACCCGCCUGCGCCUUUGCCUGGGAGGGGCCAACUGCACAGGGGAGGCCUUCCAGGAGCGAGAGUGCAACUUGCCCCAGUGCACAGAGACCCCUCUCUGCCAAGGGGAGGACUGUGUGGGCCUCAACUGCACCUGGACCCCCUGGGCCCCGUGGAGCGCCUGUUCUCGCACGUGCGGAGUGGGGCAGCAGCGGCGCCUGCGCACCUACCACCCUCCGGGGCACGAGGGCCACUGGUGCGAGGGCAUCCUGACAGCCAAUAUGGAGCGCCGCUUCUGCAACCUCCAAGCCUGCAAAGUGGAUGGGGCCUGGUCUAAGUGGAGCCCCUGGUCCUGGUGCGACCGCCUCUGUGGCGGCGGGCACUCGUCUCGUACCCGGAGCUGCACCAGCCCCCCUCCCAAGAACGGGGGGUACCCUUGCCCCGGAGAGAAGCACCGUGUCCGCCUCUGCAAUGCCCGGCCUUGCGAGGAGGGUUGUCCGCCCCCGCUGCACAUGGUGGACUGCGCCAACGCUUGCCCUCGCCAUUGCUGGGACCUCCAGGAGGGCAUCGAGUGCCAAGACGCUGAAGCCUGUGAGCCUGGAUGCCGUUGCCCAAAUGGGACCCUGGAGCAAGAUGGCACCUGCGUCUCCCCUUCCCACUGCGAGUGCAUGGACAGCCAGGGCCACAGCUGGGCCCCCGGGAGCCUCCAUGACGACGGCUGCAACAACUGCUCCUGCCUGGAGGGAAGGCUCCUCUGCACCAACCACACCUGCCCCCCCAGCGGAUGUGCCUGGAGCCUCUGGUCCGGAUGGGCCCCCUGCAGCCUCACCUGUGGGGAGGGAGGGCAGCACACCCGGUUCAGGACCCCCACCUCUGGCUCGUGGGCCCCAGAGUGCCUCAAGGAGCAGCUGCAGACCCGGCCUUGCUCCCCUGGCCCCUGCCUGCCUCUGUGUCUCCAUGAGGGCCAUGAAAUGCCGCUGGGCAGCGCCUGGCUCCUGGGGGAGUGCCAGCAAUGCAUUUGCACCCCAGAAGGAAUCUACUGCCUGGACAUCGCAUGUGCAGUGAAUGGUGCCUGGACGCCGUGGUCCCCGUGGUCCGACUGCCCUGUCUCCUGUGGACACAGCACCCAGGUCCGCACUCGAGCCUGCAUCAACCCUCCGCCGCGCAACAACGGCUUGCCCUGCGCCGGCCCCGAAGUGGAGGCCCAGAACUGCUCUGGCAUGGCCUGCCCAGGAGAUGAGCCCUGUCCCUGGUCCUCGUGGGGUCCCUGUUCCAGGUCCUGCGGAACUGGCCUGGCUUCUCGUUCGGGGCUCUGCGGCUGCCCGUCUCCAGAGGACAAUGCCAAAGAAGGAGCGCCCUGCGAUCUCAGCCCCCGCCAGCAGGUGGCAGCGUGUUACCUCCAGCCUUGCAAAGAAUGCCCCUGGAGCCCCUGGACCCCUUGGACCCGGUGCUCCUGCAGCUUCCUGGUCCAACAGAGAUACCGGAACCAGCGUGGCUCUGGGGCGGAUGGGGAGCCCUGCGUGGGGCUGGACGGACAGUUCCGGAUGUGCGACUAUUCCCAGUGCUCAGAAUCCAGCUGCGAGCCGCCUUUUGAGUUCCAGUCGUGCGGCUCCCCCUGCGACGGCCAUUGCUCCACCCGGCGGCACCCAGAGCUGUGCCAGGACAUCCCCCGCUGCCUCCCUGGGUGCUAUUGCCCACCGGGCCAGGUGGAGCAGAAUGGGGUCUGUGUCCCUCCCUCCCAGUGUGGUUGCGUUCACCUGAGCCAGUCGGGAGCCCCUGUCCACCUGGUGGCCGGAGAGACCGUCCUGAUUGGCUGCAAGGAAUGCAUUUGCCAGCAAGGAGAGCUCAAGUGCAGCAGCGAUGGCUGCCAAGGGCAGCUUCCAUUGAGCGCCUGGUCCGAGUGGACGCCCUGCUCGGCCUGCCUGCCCCUUCCACCCCAGCACCCCUGGCCCCCAGGAGAGCCCUCUGCCCACCCAGCGCUGGUCUCCCUCCAGCACCGCUUCCGCCUCUGCCUGGACCCCCAGACUGGGCAUCUCUGGGAGGGGCAAGAGAGCCUGUGCUCGGCCACGUUGGACCAGGAGCGCCUCUGCCCCGACCCCCAUGCCUGCGAAGGUCUCUGUCUGUGGGGCCAGUGGGGCCCCUGGAGCCCUUGCCGAGAGCCUUGCAGUGGGGGCUUCCGGGUGCGUUGGCGCUCUGCCCACCAUCCAAAGGACGAGCUUCGCUGCCGAGGCCCACGGUCCCAGACCCAGAGCUGCAACACAGCUGCCUGCCCAGGGGAGGAGUGUGAAGAUCGAGGCAAAGUCCACUCCCGCACCUGCGCCAACGGCUGCCCACGGAUCUGUGCAGACCUCUGGGAACACGUUGAGUGCCUCCAAGGGGAGUGCAAGCAAGGAUGCCGGUGUCCAGAGGGGCAGCUCCUACAAGAUGGAGGAUGCGUCCCAAUCCCAGCUUGUCGCUGCGGACUCCCCACAGCCAACAGCACCUUGGAGCUUCUACCAGGGGAGUCGGCGGAACUGGAUUGCCAUAACUGUACCUGUGUCAAUGGCACCUUUGUGUGUCCGGACCAGGAGUGUCCAUCCUACAGAGAGUGGUCAGCAUGGGCUCCCUGCUCGGCCAGCUGUGGAGGGGGACACGCCUUGCGCCACCGCCCGUGUCAUGAGGCCCCCGGAGGGGCUCCUUGCGUGGCCGACACUAUGGAGGAGGCUGUAUCCUGCAACCCACAGCCUUGCCCCACCGACUGCUUGCUGGGUGAGUGGUCCCCUUGGAGCCCCUGCAGCGCCAGCUGUGGAGGAGGCACCUCAGAGAGGAGCAGAGGCCUGCUGAACCCUCCAACGGGGGAGGAGGAAGAGGAGGAGGAGGAGGUGUUGUGCCCAGCCCCAUUGCAGCAGCACCGGGUUUGCAACCCUCAGAACUGCACUCCAGAAUGUCCAGAUGGCCAGAUCUACAGUCCCUGUGCCAAUGCCUGCCCGCAAACGUGCUCCGAUCUGCACCCACACACCCAGUGCCUGCAGGAGGAGUGCCAGCCAGGAUGCGUCUGCCCCUCUGGCCAGGUGCUGCAGGUGGGAGCAUGUGUCCCCCUGGAAGAGUGCCCUUGCUCCCUCAGCCCGGCCCCUUCCUUCCCAUGGGCCACCAACCUGACUCAAGAGGAGCGGGACCAAGAGUAUCUGCCAGGAAGCAUCCUUCGGCAUCAAUGCAACAGCUGCGUCUGCCAAAAGGGAGCCUUCAACUGCACCCAGAAGAAUUGUGAUGUGCCGUGCAUCUGGUCUGAAUGGUCCCCCUGGUCCCCCUGCUCUGUGACCUGUGGCUCUGGGGAGCAGGCCUCCCGGCGUCUCCGGCUCCAGCAGCGCCUCUAUGGGGGUCCCGAGUGCGAGGGGCCGGCGGAGCGCAGGAGCCCCUGUUUCCUGCCAGACUGCGCCUGUCCAGUCGGGGAAACCUGGCUCCGGUUGGGCCAUGGGGAGCCCUGCGAGCGAAGCUGUCUCCAGAUCUACCAGGAUCCACCCCAGAACUGCAGCCAAGGGACCGCAGAGGGAUGCGUGUGCCAGCUGGGGCACUACCGGAACAGCAGUGGGCGGUGCGUUGUGGCUGCACUCUGUGAGUGUAACCACAAAGACCGGACACAUAGGGCUGGUGCCCAGUGGCAAGAUGGCUGUGAAGCCUGCCGCUGCUUGAAUGGGAGAGCUGAGUGUGAGGAUGGCUGCCCACCACUCACCUGCCUUGAGGGAGAAGCCAAGGUCCAGGAGGAAGGCAGUUGCUGCCCAGUCUGCAGGAAGAAGGAAGCGCCAGAAGAGCCACAGUCUCACUGCCAGCACAUCACGGAGCUGCGCAACAUCACCAAGGGGUCCUGCUUCCUGGCCGACGUGGCGGUGAGCUUCUGCAGCGGGUGGUGUGCCUCCCACACCAACGUCAUCCCAGAGGAACCGUACUUGCAGACUUCGUGCGAAUGCUGCAGCUACCGCCUGGACCCAGUCAGCCCCGUGCGCAUCCUGAACCUGCAAUGCCAAGGUGGCGAGACAGAGCCUGUGGUCCUCCCUGUCAUCCGUGCCUGCGAGUGCAGCAGCUGCCAAGGUGGCGACUUCACCAAGCGCUGAGGAUGCCCCUCAAGGUGGGAGGCCUGGACAUCUCCCUCCUCUUGGCCUCACUUCAUGCCAGAGUGAGACCCCGAGACAUUACACCACGCUCAGUUCAUCCUCAUCUUUCUCACAAACUCAAUAAAAUCACCCAUCAGCAGCAUGAGCUUCUAA